UCGCUAGUUGUCUCGUGUAUUUAAUGGUAUGAAACAGAGAGAGCCGUUAGUCUGCUAUACUUUUAAAUGGAAUGUACGCUCAAACACACAGUAUAAAUCACACUUAUACACACUUCACAUUUCGUCGCAGGAUAAGAAAACGGUUUAACACUUUAAACAAGUUAAAGUUGUAUGUCGCUUUUAAAUCUGAAGAAUUAGGAUUAGGAUUAAAUGGCAGUUAAUCUGUGAUCGGCCGAGGUACCGGGGAGUUAGACUCGCAACAGGUGUUUUAUUUUAGUGUCUCACGUGCCCCUUGGAUUAUUGUAUGUAAAGAGUUGAUGAAGUCUGACAUAGAAUGGAAUAGUUUUAAAGUUUCUUCAUUCAGUGGACGUGUAUGAUGGGGUAGAGUGUUGGGUCGAGUUGACUUGACGAAAAUGACAGGGACGUCUGGCUAUUGUGGGCCUAGGCGACAAUGGAUUCUACUGGCGUGUAAAGUUAAUCUCGUCCUCAGUGCCACCUUUAUGCUAGUGUCCGCCCGGGAACGCUACAACUAUAACUCCCGAUAUCCCGUCCCAAAUUUCUUGACGUCAGAAACCAACGUAUCCUAUAUGGCGGGGGAUAAAGCCGUGCUGGAGUGUGCAGUGGAAAAUCUGGGAACGAGGACGGUAGUAUGGCGGAAGUUACCUUCCACGACGCCCCUGACAAUCGGUCGCUUCCUGUACAUCAGUAACGAUGCCAUCACCGUGGGGCACCAACCCGACUCUCACCAUUGGAACCUACACAUCCACCCCGUGACAGCGGAUGACGAGGGAGAGUAUGAAUGUCAGGUCUCCUCUUCGGACAAAACUAUUCGCCAGCGAGUCAAUCUCACCGUAGUAGCUCGAUGGGGGUCGAAUCCAUAUAAAAAAGAAAAGGGAACGAGCACGCCGGACAUCAGAAUAUUUUCUCCCGAACACGUGAAUAAAGGCCAUCCCAUCCAGUUACACUGUAAUGCCACAGGGGCGGACACACAACUGGACGAAUUAGACUGGUUCAUUAACGGUCACAGGGUCAGCACCAACUUCCAAAAGGGCGUGUAUAUAGACAAGACGGUUUCCCUUGGCAGCAAUACCAUCUCUAGCACGCUCCACAUCGCCCAGGCAAGCAUGGACGACAUGGGCACUUACACGUGCCGGACCUCAGCCGCGCAGAUUAAGAGUACAAAAGUCACAGUCCUUAAUGACCUGUCUGAUAUACCAAAGGACAAGAGAGACAACCCCACGGAUUCCGUUCUCCUGACUGCAGCCAAACAAGAGCCAUCGGAUAGUCACAACGGAGGCACUGCGAUAUCAUUACAAAAACGCUUAGUCAUGUUAACAAUAGUUCUGUGGAUUUGGACGUAAAAUAAUGAAUUUUUGUUUGACAAGAAAGGCACAAAUUAAUAUUCUUCGUUGAACAUAUAACAUCUCGUAUCCAGAAAUGUUAACACUGUGUCUGUUACUAUAAAGGGAAUAUACGUGUAUGGGAAACUGGUGAAUGUGAAAUGGCGGGGACGUGUGUGCCUGUAGUAUACAGAUAUGAACGUUUCGUAACUAGUCCGUCUUCUACUAUACCUUUGUAGCGCAGCUUAUCCAGCAUAUCAGACGAUGCACGUGCAAUUUGGUCGGAGAUGGACUUCAAAGAAAUGCAUUGUUGACUGAUAUAAAACGCCAAGGGAAGAACACGGAGCGCGGUAGUUUAUAGAGACGAGAUUCAGAUUUAGUUCUUAUAAACGUUGUUCAACAGUUAUUCUGAUACCACAAAACGCCAACAUUUCUCGAGUAACGACGGGUUCGCCAAUAUGCUGGAGAAUGACCAUAGACCAUUGUCGUUAUUUAUCGAAUAUGGCAAUCCCAAUGCUCGUGUGAGACAUUAAAGUCAAAGUUUAGGUUUAUCUUCGGUUAACGUGACAGUCCCAGGAUAUCGUCGACAACAUUGUCUAAUAUGAUAGUUUCAACAUUAGGUAUCGGAGGACGACGUAUCGUCGAAUCAGAAAUCCGCUCGAGUUUCAGUAUUGCUCUAAGAAAGAUAACUCGCACUUGAUGUCGCAAUAAUAGUGGAGUCGUUUCUGACGGAAUACAAGCUGGACUUUGCAGUGCUGUAUUUAGGAAGCAUGUGCCGCACACACAAAAUAGCUGUUUAAGGGUUCUUUGUGACUUGCUGACUAAGCUAACUUCAUCUUGCAGGUGAACAAGACAAAUGAUUUGUUUGAACAUUUCUGUUGUGAAUACAAAGAUAAUAUAAUAAUUAAGUAAAUAUAAUUAUUUCCGUGUAUUUAUUUUGUAAAUUGUUGAUUGUUAUUAGUUUAAUCUAGUAACUUGCAUUAUGUUAUAUUUAAAAUUGGGUGUUUAAACUUCACAUUAAAAUUGAAACCACGAUCAACACACUCGGUACUUUGUGUAUAUGGACAUAUAUAUAUUGUAAAUAUGACAGAUACGUAAAUAUAUAUAUAUAUAUAUGUAUAUGAGCUUUCAUGGUACGGGUUAGCCUUGAAGUCAGUGUUCAUAUAUAUAAAUGAUACAAAAUGUAUGGUCUAUUUAUAUAGUGACUUGUUUGCACGUGGAAUGUGACGUCAUAAUAAUAUCUAUCGGUUAUCUCCCUUCCUGGACUACAUAAGAUGGUGUUAUUCAUGAACGUUGUAAAAAUAUCGUCACAGAUUAUGUAAACAAAGAUUUAAGUACGAGAUAUGUUCUUCCUUUCAUCCGUCCUUCAUAUUCCUUUUAAUUAUCUUUAUCUAUGACCAACCUGCGAUGUUUUAAGUUAAAAUAUCAGCAAUAUUUAUCCGUAAAUAUCGUGCAAAUAUAUAUCAUCAUAUAUACAUCAUAUGCACGUGACGUAGCGCAUGCACACACUUCGUUUACUGUCGCUAUUAUAGUUCAUGAAGGGAGACAACCAUCAUAUCACAUAGGAAUUAAGGAAUCAUAUUUUUUCAGGUUUUUGUCAUUAUGUGUCAGUUUUUUGUGUGGAUACGAAUCAUUUUGUACAUUCCAUUCAAGAAUAGUAAUUAAGGAGAGGGGUGUGGUCUGCUGUCGAUCACCCUUAAAACGGGUCGUUUUUUUUGUUUUUUUGUUUUUGUAUUUUUUUUUCGCUUGUUGAUAUUUCACAAACAACACCCGAUAAGAUAUUUCUGAGGUGUAGAACGUUUAUAAAUCAAUAAUAUAAAACAAACUGCUAAAUCUCUUUAGACACUGCAGAUAUGUAACUGUAUAAUGUAGAUUUAUUUCGAAGCACUGCGCUUCUCUUUCUUAGCAAUAUUGAAUUUGUGUCUUAAGAGUGCAUUUCCUGAAUGUUCCUCAUCAGAUGACGAAUGCCGAGAAUAAUUUAAAUCGUAUUUAUACCGUGAUUUAUUUUGUUUUGUGAAUAACCCUUCUACAGGCCGAAUUGUUUGUAUGCAUGAUUACUCCAAACUCUAUCAGAUUAUAAUACAGCAUGACUGGUAUUUUGGCGGGUUUUUAUACUGUGAUUUAUUGUCUUAUCCACAUUACAUUUGGCGUGUAACAUUUUUCGCCUCGCGGAAAUUUUGUGAGCAAAGUACACCUGAAGGUCUUGUUUUGCCAUCGAUGAGCAAAAACUAAAAACACACCCUGGUAAACCCUUGCAUCUCAACCAAACCAAGUUUAUAAUUUUCGCAAUUUACUAUUUUUGCAUUCCCGUACACACUCGCAAACAUUUUCGAUUCAUAAAAAUAACCAGUAAAACGGUUACCACUAACAUAAUGAUGUAAGAAUCAGCUAUACCAUCAGCAUUGCGGUUGCGUUGCAUACAUUUUCUGUGUGUAUUCAUUGGUAGAUUUGAUGUAAGAAUAUACUGUAUUCACAAAUACCGUGGUAUGUUACUAACAAACCUUUUGUAGUUAUUUAUUUCAAUGUUUUGCUCUAUGACAACCACGUAAACCGUAAAUGUACAUUUUGUAUAAGCCUGUUCACAGCUUGUGUUUUUUAUGUAUUCGUUAAUACCCAAAUAUGGUAUAAAACAAACCGUAGUUAAGUUUACAAACUAAAUACCCCUAGUUCUUCCGAAACAGUCAGAAAAUUAAGAGCAUUUCUCGAUUGUAAAAUUCGCCGCUAACGACAGUACGAUUGAGAGCUCUUUGUGUCCACCGGAACAGAAAAUGAAAGUUUCAGUGUUGUUUCAAAAAUACUCUUGAUGAAACAAUAUACUACAUAGCACUGUCCUCCAGAUACAUUUUAAUUAGAGUCCGAUAUAAGCGGUGGGCACAUUUGUAAAGUACAUUUUCCUUUUCAAUUACAUUUCAUUACAAGAUACUCUUUGCUCACUAGUUGGCAUUUAAAUUAGUUUCACAUGUAAAUUAUCCGAUUAGACGGAAGACUUCCAACUUUGGACCUUAAAUUUAGAAGAAGGAAAAUCAGUAUUUUCCUUUUCAUUGUUUAUAAUUUUUGAAAUAUAUUGAUCCAACAUUGAGAAAGAGCAGCUUAUAUGUAGUUUUAAUCUACUAUUUUGUCAAAAUGAGAAUAUAAAAUUGCAAUAUUAAACACGUGUAGUCUCUGCUAUGGAAAUCCCAAGAGAUCUAAAGUGUUUUCCUAUGAGAAACAUUUCAUUUGCUUCCUAUCACAACGGCCCGAAUGCAGGAAGCACCAUUCGCUAUAUAAUCAUUACCAGGAUGUUGUACGGUUAUCAGAGCCCUGGUUUACGUCAGUGUGGUUUAAACCACAAUCUAAUGGGACAGUCUAUAUUUCUGAAAGGAUUCGUGAGAUUGUAAAUAUGUAUCAGUUUCCAUGAAAUAAAGAUCAUCAUCAUCGUC